AUGCCCAACUUCAAAGUUAUAAUCGUAGGCACUGGUCCCGUCGGCCUUACAGCAGCGCAUACUCUCUCCAAAGCUGGGAUUGACUUCGUGGUGCUUGAGCGACGACAGGUGGUUGUUGAGGAUGUAGGUGCAAGCCUAGUUUUGGCGCCUCAAAGUCUUCGCAUUAUGUCGCAGCUAGAGCUUCUGGACCAAUUAAUUGCUAUCAGUACGGAGCUGGUGCACAUUACAAGCUACGCGAUGGAUGGGAAGAAAUUCAAGGAAGCCUGGCCAUUUGAAGUCAUGAAACAGAACAGUCAUGGGUCGACUCCACGUAUCUUUCAUCGUGCUGAGCUUCUUCAAGCGCUAUAUGACAACUUGAGACCAGAAGACAAGUCACGAGUGUUGACGAACAAAAAGGUUACCAGCAUUGAAAGUGAUGAGGUCGGAGUAAAAAUACUCUGUGCAGAUGGAUCAACCUACGAAGGGUCUAUCGUCAUUGGGGCUGAUGGGGUUCAUAGCCAAACGCGUCAACUUAUGCGAAGUCUAACUCUUAAAACUUCGCCAGAAGAUAGUGUCAACGACGAGGAGCCCUUCACAACAGAGUAUCGCACAAUGUGGUGCUCAUUUCCUAAGCCAGAAGAUUCAGAAAUUGGCUUGGGGAGCACUAGUGACGGGAGUAACGCUUCGGUUCAGUACUUAACCAGUAAGGACCGUGUCUGGAUCUUUAUCUACGAACAUCUGGAGAGCCCGACAAAGAAGAGGGCAUGGUAUAGUCAGGAAGAUGUCGAAGCAUUCGCUGCCAAGCAUGCCGAAAUGCCUAUCAACGAUCACCUCAAGGUCAAGGACGUCUUUGCCAAAAAAUGUCAUGCAGGCAUGGCAAAUCUGGAGGAAGGGAUUAUCGAACACUGGAGCUGGGGUCGUAUUGUUCUUGCAGGCGACGCGGCACACAAGUUCACCCCAAAUCAUGGGCAGGGACUCAAUAACGGCAUUCAGGACGCUGUUGGUUUGGUCAACGAGUUGCAUCGAUGUAUAGAAUCUGUCGGAGCCAGUGAACAGCCUUCCAAAGAGGAGCUAAGCAUUGCAUUUCGACGCUAUCAGUCUACCCGCACGGAAUAUGUGAAGAGCGAUUACAACAUGUCCGCAACGGUGACCCGGAUGUCUGCUUGGCCUAACUUCUGGUAUGGACUGCUGGAUCGACAUAUAAUUCCUCUGAUACCGGGUUUUGACGACAUGAUGAUGAACCACUUCGCUGCUCCGCAUAUAGCUCAAGGGCAGAUCUUGGACUUUGUACACAGCGAGGAAGUUUUUAAAGGCAAGGUUCCUUGGGUUUAUCCGAUCAAGGCUUAG